UUUCAUCAAACGGAUUUAGUACGAAAUUGACUAGUGAUAUUUUGGGAAAGGAAACCAGUUUCAACCCUGAGGGAGGAAGGGAGAUGACCCUGGGAACGAGGUUGUGAAUACGCGGAAUAUUUUCACGAUUCACACCCGUAUUUUAUAUUAUUGUGUUUUCCCGAGUAUCAAUGCCCUGUUAAUGAGUGUUUCUCACCACUUCGGUCUCUCUUUACCGGUAUCACGUUGAUUUUAUCCUCCCACCUGACUGUUGCGUGAUCAUUGUGGGCGUGACUUGCGUCACGCAUAUUGUUGAAGACGUCAUGCGCCCCUGAAAAAAAAAUUCUAUGGGGGAGCCGAAAUGUUAAUGCAAGCCAGAAAUAUUUUCUCGCUUGGUUGUGAGCGAGACGGGGAAAUUAAGAUCAAAUUGGUAUGCGUUCUUGUUUAAAUACUUCCGAACUUUGCCAUUUCAUAAAUCUUUGCCAUUUCAUACCAUCUCAAUCAUGUCAAUCUUUUCUGCACGCCGUAAAGAGCUACACGCACGACUGUGCACGUAGCGCCGGACUCUGACCUGUCCAAAAUUUUUUUAAAAUGUAAGUUAAAAGCCAUUUUUCAUCCGGAACAUAAGCAGUGCUGAAUAAAAUAAAACUUUGAUCAGUUCUGUUUUGCAACUCUUGGCUCAGCAGAAUAUAAUUUUGCCAAAUCAAAAUUUGUCAAAGAAGAUUUUGAAAGGGAAAAUGCCGUGCAAGGCGGGAAAUACCCCCAUCGCAUAUUAAUCACAUCCUAUCACCCCGUAUCAUCCGGGGGGGUUCCCUCGGUGUCAGCCGUAAUCCACUCUUCCGCGAUUUUUCAAGUUCUCUACUGCUUAGUCAUUCCAUGAAGCACGUACUCUAUGCAAGAUAUGCUGACCUAGUAUUUGUAACCACCGAUGACUCCGUUCCCUUUGAAAACACUACAGGAUAAACUGGAACGCAAUGUUUAGUUCGUUAUUGGAAGACUUGGAAAGAGCCAGGCAAAUGGACAUCUCAUAAAGAUAAUUAUUUGACACAGUUUCAAAAGUCGUGUGAGAAGAUGCGUACCCCACUUCAUGAACAUGAGUUGGAGCAAGUUAAUCCUAUGACCGUGUACCAGGCUUAUGGAGGUCGUUGGAAGUGCGACAAUUGCAAUGGCGAGAGCAGUGCAACGUCGUUUCCGUUCCAUUGCAGCCGAUGCGCUUUUGACUUGUGCUAUUCAUGCAUGCACAUGCAGCUUCUGCAAAGCACUGCAGCACAUCGACACCCUUUGCUAUAUAUGGAAACAAGCAGGCUGCUUUAUCAAAAUCAGAAUGGAAUUUGGAGAUGUGCUGUUUGUAAAAGCACAAGUGACAAUCUAAGGCAAACAUUCUCCUACCACUGUCCCACCUGUGAUAGCUUUGACAUUUGCAGAAACUGUUUUGAGCCAAAGCAGCAUCCAGUUCAUGUCCAUGUACUGAACCUAGUAGAUACCUCGCUUAUCUAUACACAAACUGGGGGAAGUUGGGUGUGUGACAUCUGUAGCAAUUCAAGCAGGCCAUUUGAGACAUUCUCACAUCAUUGUUCAGAGUGUGAAUUUGAUGUGUGCCAUAACUGUUUUAAACCACAUAAUACCCCACUACAUCCCCACCCACUGUACAGAGCAGACUCACAUUUUGUGUAUGCACAGUUCAGUGGAGGGUGGCGCUGUGAUAACUGUGGUUCAGUCCACAACAAUCCCACAGAUAACAAGCCAUGGCAUUGCCAGACAUGUGAAUACGACCUGUGUCACUCCUGCAUGAGUGGAACAAUCGAAGCUGACCAAACUGGUCCAUCAUUACCAAAUGUAACCAGAAACAGAGGAUUUGAGUCAAGCAGACCAGGCUUCAGUUUUAAUCGCAGACCGGAAGAGAACCCAUGGAUAACAAGAGAUCGUUUGACUCCCACGUCAGCUGCUGAGGCCAGCCCAUCUUUCGUGACAGAAAAAGGAAACACUGUCGCGUCACCCGAAGACAUAGAUGUCAACACCAAGUGUAUUAUCUGCAUGGAGAACCCCAAAAAUGCCACACUCAUUCACGGUGACACUGGGCACUGCUGCUGUUGCUGGCCCUGUGCACAAGUCCUAAAGCAAAGGGGCGACCCAUGCCCCAUUUGCAGGGCGCACAUUGAGCACGUGAUCAGACAGUUUAAUGCUUGAAGAGCAUUGUUACCCUGGUCAGUGAGUUGGUACGUAGGCACUGGAUGUUGAUUAGAUUAAGUAAGGAAUGUAAAAAUGAGUAAGUAUUGUAACAAACAUAUAAUUAUUAUAAAUGUAAAAGAAAGAAGAGUCAGUUUAAAAAGUCCAACAAAUGCAAAGAUAUCUCAGUUAUUCUCGCUACAGUAAGCCAGUCAAAACUGCAGCAUAAUUUCAUAAACAGACCUAACCAAAAUCAUUGCUAAUGAAAUUCGGUUAAUAAGUGCGAAUUAACUAGUUUGUGAUCACCUUCCGUUCCAUUAUUUUAUUUGCUGUAAAUUUGACCUUCAUUCAGUGGUCAGCAGUGUCUAGUAACCAGACGUGGUCACCAUUUAACGCCACAACUAAAACUAUAAAAAAUCACUUGUUAGCCUCAGUCAGUGUUUAUAGCCAUAGGCUAGUGAGGCCGAGCAAGUAACUGUACCCUUGUAAAAUUGUUAGUUCUGUCCAUGGUAAGGUUCUAUUAUAAACUCGAUUCCCUCUGUUGCGUUUAGUUUUUUACGAGCAUUUACGGGUUGUGUCUUUCAACCGCCUUGCUUGCGUGAAAUAGAAUAGAGAAAACAGCUUGCAUCACGUGUAACUUUCACCCACCGCCAUCAGAUGCAACCCGUCCGAUACAUUUUCGCCAUCAUGAUUAUAUUUUACACGCGCAAUUCAAUUAGAAUCCGCGCCCAUCAACGGACGUGAACAUAAUAAGGCGAGAAUGGAAAUCCAGCUCUAGCUGUGGUGACAAACAGUCCUUAGUUUAAAUUUACCAAAAGUCACCGUCGGAGGGUCACUUCUGGAGAAAAUUGUAGACUUCUAUUAAAAUUUGUCGUUUGAGCGUCCAUAAAAUGUUUAGCAGUGACCGUAUUCAGUUCCUAAGGGUAACUACAGGUUUAAAUGUAUGUACAUUUUACUACUUCAAUCCAAUAACUGGAUUUCUGAUAAUGUUAGCUAAGAUGACUAGGGACAACAUAACUUAAAAAAUUUUCUCGUUUACACCUACAUAGACCGAGUCGGUAACAACUGUUUAAAAAAUUCAA